AUGACAGACGGCCCUUCAUCACCUCAAGCUGAUAUCCCAGCGCAUUUCUUACAUUCACCGACUUUACACAAUGCUUCCCAUCUUCCACAGACUAUCGCCCAUCGAGGGUAUAAGGGUCACUAUCCUGAAAAUACUAUCUGUGCAAUUGAUAAAGCCAUUGCGGCAGGUACUCAUGCACUCGAACUUGAUCUGCAUAUCAGCCGGGAUGGAGUGAUCGUUUUGUCACAUGAUGCAUCACUACAACGUUGUUAUGGUGUUAAGAAGAAAGUUACCGAAUGCGACUGGGACUAUUUGCAAACUCUUCGUACAGUCGAAGCGCCGCAUGAGCCAAUGCCCCGGCUGGUUGAUGUCCUGGAAUAUUUGCGACAGCCAGGACGUGAGCAUAUCUGGGUUUUAUUGGACAUCAAGCUUAAUAACGAUCCUACUGCCAUCAUGCAGGGUAUCGCCAAGGCGGUCGAAACAGUACCCAUCCCAGCCAUAGGUCCUGAUUGGCAUCGACGUAUUGUUCUUGGCUGCUGGUCAGCCAGAUAUUUACCACCUCGUGCAAAGUAUCUGCCACGUUAUGAGAUGGCAUUGAUCUGUGUCGACUUGAGCUACGCUCGCCAAUUCUUACAGGUGCCUCGCAUUUCAUUCAACAUCAAUCAGAAAAUCCUGAUGGGUCCGCUAGGUCGUGGGUUUCUGGAGGAGGCGCGCGCGGCACGUCGAAAAGUUUACCUGUGGACUGUGAACGUGCCAAAUUUAAUGCGUUGGGGUAUUCGACACAAAGUCGAUGGCAUCAUCACAGACGACCCUGCACGAUUCCAGAAGGUCUGUGAAGAAUGGGAACUGGAUCAGAAGAAGGGACCUCUGGCCUCACUUGAUCCGAAGGCAGAUCGCCUGACGUUUGGGCAGCGAGUAGAGAUCUUGCUAGUGGCAUUCUAUGUUCUGACGUUUGGUUGGUUCCUCAAGAGGAAAUAUCUUCCAACGGUGGAGCGUGUGCAUCUUGACGAGAGGAAAAUGACGUGA